AGAGAGAGAGACUUUCUCGGCACGGAGCACCCAUGGCUUCCUGCCUGACCGACGCGACACGAGAGCUGUCGUGCCGAGACAGUCGAGCAGCAACGCAGCUAAAGCUCAUCUCCAUGGUUGUAAUCUUCUUCACCAGCAUCAUCGGAAUCUCUUCACCGGUCUUGCUCGCUCGUCUCUUCCAAGGCAAACCCAUCUACGAGAAAGCACUUCUAGUCAUCAAAUGCUUCGCUGCAGGCGUAAUUCUAUCUACCUCCCUCGUCCACGUUCUCCCUGACGCCUUCGCUGCCCUUUCCGAUUGCCAAGUGGCAACCCAUCAUCCCUGGAAGGAUUUUCCCUUCUCCGGCCUCGUUACUUUGAUCGGAGCUCUGCUAGCUCUGCUCGUCGACGUCACUGCGACAUCUCAUGUCCAUGGAAACAAACCGAGUAAUUACACGCCGAUUGGAACACAGGAAGAGACUUCGAUUGAUUCUUCUUUGGAGAAGAAAACGAAGGUUAAAGUAGAACCACAAAUCGAACUUGGAGUGAUGCCGGUGAGUUGCCAUGAUGGUGGUAAUAAGGAGCAGGAGGAAUUGGCGAAGUUGAAGCAGAAAUUGGUUUCGCAGGUGCUGGAAAUUGGGAUUAUAUUUCACUCUGUGAUUAUUGGGGUCACCAUGGGGAUGUCUCAGAAUCAGUGCACCAUCAGACCUCUUGUUGCUGCGCUGGCGUUCCACCAGAUCUUCGAAGGGAUGGGUCUCGGCGGUUGCAUAGCUCAGGCAGGUUUUGGUUUGGGCACAACGUCUUAUAUGUGCUUCCUGUUUUCAGUGACAACUCCAAUGGGGAUAGUUAUGGGAAUGGUAGUAUUAUCUGUGACCGGUUACAAUGACAAUAGCCCCAGUGCCCUAAUACUUGAAGGGUUAUUGGGUUCCCUCUCUUCAGGUGUUUUGAUAUACAUGGCUCUUGUUGAUCUUAUAGCAGCUGAUUUCUUCCAUAACAAGAUGAUGAGUUCAGAACCAUGGAUAACAAAAGUGAGUUACAUUGCCUUAGUGCUAGGAUCUGCUUCCAUGUCUGUCCUUGCUAUUUGGGCUUGAAAUCCCUUAAUUUAAUUUGUAUGAUUCUACUUUUACAUAUAUGAAGCAAAGCUUAUACAUCUCUUGUCC